GAAUACUCUACCAUUGGUAAAUCAUGGCGAGCAAGCAGAAGGUUUACCCGGUCGACUCGAAACAGAAGCUGCAGGAACACGAGGAAGAGAACAGCGACGAGCUCCGCGACACUAAGGACGCGUUCUACCAAUAUGUGUUCGCCAAGGCCUCGCGCGACAGGCAGCUGAGCCAAACCGAAGCUGUUACCCUCAAAGAAGUGAAGGCGGAGCUGGAGAGCAGCGAAGAGACGCACGGCUCUGGAGACGCCGCAGAGAUGGGACGAAGGCUCGCGGAGAUCGGAGAUGAGGUGGACGCUCUCUACCACGACGAGAUGGUAGACAUCGUGCAGAUGACAGGUUCACCGGAGAGAGCGUACGGAGUGUUUGUGGACGUCGUGAAGAAUCUCUUUGAGUGGGACGAAACCACACAUAGAGCCAACAUAACAAUAGGUAGACUAGGAGCCCUCCUAGCCUAUGCCUACCACCUGUGCAAGCACUACAUCAAGACAAACGCACGGGUCAACCUCGUCGUGACCUUCCUUGGAGUUGUGACUACCUGGCUGUUCAGAUUUCUCAUCAAGGCAAAGUUCUACGAAUGGCUGGAGAGCAUGGGAGGAUGGGUAAGUCAGUACUAUACAGUACUAUGCCUCCGUAAUUUCUGCUAACCUAAAGGGAAUGUGUCAAUACAAGCGCUAACAACUAAACAAUAGGGUCCAGUGCAAGAAUCCAAUUUGGUUCCGUUAACGUUUUCUAAAUUUAGCUCUUGUACCACAAAUUUACUAACCUAAUACUACAUACAUGCAGGUGUGUGGUAUAAAGAAUACUAG